CAUGUGUGAGAAGCAGAUCCCGUUCAGUCCGAUCCCGUGCCCACCAACACCAACUUUCGUUGAAGCGCCCGCAUCUCACAACUGUCGAGCUGGAUAAACUUUUUAGUGGGUCCCACAAUAUUUCAAUCCAACGAUUCCAAAUGUUCCCGUACUACAACGUCUGGCGGCUUGUCAAAAUCGAAGAAUAGCUGUCCUCUCAUUUUCUUUGUACAAAAAGGUUGACCCAUGCGCAUCCAAUAGCGAGACCAACAACAGGUUCACACGCAUAUGAUAGACCGGUGGAUGGACCAGGCGAACUGGUCUGCAAAUUUCGGACAAUUAUUUUCAUCGGCUCAAAGCAAUGGAGUCUUGAUACCAGAAGAAGAAGAAGAAGAAGAAGAAGAGGAAGAAGAAGAAGAAGAAGAAGAAGAAGAAGAAGAAGAAGAAGAAGAAGGUAGAAAUCAGAUGGGAGUUCCUCUGCCCAUGGAAACCCUUAGCGAACGAGCGGCCUUCAUGAGAGAGGCACUCCAGAAGAGCCAGACCAUUACAGACAACAUGGUCACUAUUCUCGGCUCCUUCGAUCACCGUCUCUCUGCUCUAGAGACUGCGAUGCGUCCCACUCAGAUAAGGACACAUUCAAUUCGGAGAGCACACGAGAACAUCGAUAAAACUUUGAAGGCGGCGGAGGUUAUAUUGUCCCAGUUUGAUCUUUGUCGCCAGGCAGAGGCUAAAAUACUGAAAGGACCACAUGAUGACUUGGAAAAUUAUCUAGGAGCAGUUGAUCAACUGAGAAGUAAUGUUCAUUUCUUCAGCAGCAACAAAAGCUUUAAAAGUAGUGAUGCAGUGCUUAACCAUGCAAAUAAUUUGCUUGCUAAGGCUAUUCUCAAGCUAGAAGAGGAAUUUAAACAGAUUUUGGUGUCUUACAGCAAACCUGUGGAACCCGAUCGUCUUUUUGAAGGCCUUCCAAAUUCACUGCGACCAGGAUCAGGAUCAGGAUCACCUGGCCACCAGGCUGAUUCUACUUGGAAGAACCCUUCUUCCAACAAUCAUCAUGAGCACCAAAACAAGGGCUUGGAAUCUUACACGCCUCCAACUCUCAUUCCACCAAGGAUUCUGCCAUUGCUGCAUGAUUUAGCUCAACAAAUGGUUCAAGCUGGUCACCAACAGCAGUUGCUUAUAAUUUACAGAGAUGCUCGUUCUUCUGUCCUGGAGCAAAGCCUUCGAAAACUUGGUGUAGAAAAACUCAGUAAAGAUGAUGUGCAGAAGAUGCAGUGGGAGGUUUUGGAGGCUAAAAUUGGGAAUUGGAUUCAUUACAUGCGGAUAGCUGUAAAAUUACUAUUUGCAGGGGAAUGGAAAGUCUGUGAUCAGAUAUUUGAAGGCAUUGAUUCUCUCAGGGAUCAUUGCUUUGCUGAAGUUACUGAAAACAGUGUUGCCAUGCUUCUAAGUUUUGGAGAGGCUAUUGCUAAAAGCAAACGGUCACCGGAGAAGUUGUUUGUACUUUUAGACAUGUAUGAGAUAAUGCGAGAACUUCAGUCAGAGAUAGAGACACUUUUUGAAGGUAAAGCCUGUAGUGAAAUGCGAGAAUCUGCAUUAAGCUUGACGAAGAAGCUUGCCCAGACAGCUCAAGAGACAUUUGGUGAUUUUGAAGAAGCAGUUGAAAAAGAUGCAACAAAGACUGCUGUUCUGGAUGGAACUGUCCAUCCUUUGACGAGCUAUGUAAUUAACUACGUGAAGUUUCUUUUUGAUUAUCAAUCAACACUGAAGCAACUUUUCCAGGAGUUUGAAAAUGGAGCUGAAACAAAUUCUCAGUUGGCAUCUGUAACAAUGCGGAUAAUGCAAGCCCUUCAGACAAAUUUGGAUGGGAAAUCUAAACAAUAUAAAGAUCCUGCUUUGACUUAUUUGUUUCUCAUGAAUAAUAUUCACUACAUGGUCAGAUCUGUGCGUAGGUCAGAAGCAAAGGAUUUGUUAGGAGACGACUGGGUGCAAAGACAGCGAAGGAUUGUUCAGCAGCAUGCAAAUCAGUAUAAGAGGGUUGCCUGGGGAAAGAUUCUACAGUGCCUUUCUGUUCAGGGUCUGACUUCAUCUGGUGGUGGUAGUAAUAGUGCUAUGGGUGGCGAUGGAGGAAACAGCAGUGGGGUUUCAAGAGCAGUGGUGAAAGAGAGGUUAAAGACUUUCAAUGUGCAGUUUGAGGAGCUUCAUCAGAGACAAUCCCAGUGGGCAGUGCCUGACAGUGAGCUGAGGGAGUCAUUAAGGCUUGCAGUUGCGGAAGUCCUCUUGCCCGCCUACAGAUCUUUUAUUAAACGUUUUGGCCCUUUGGUUGAGAAUGGGAAGAACCCCCAAAAGUAUGUAAGAUAUUCUCCCGAGGAUCUUGAUCGGAUGCUGAAUGAAUUUUUUGAAGGGACGAUCUUGAAUGAACAGAAGCGGUAGAUUUUGUAAAGUAGAAAAAACCCUCUGCUUUGUACGUGGUUAGAAAUGUGUGUGUAUUUUCAUAGAUUGUGAUUUGUUUUGCAUGAGGAAUAAUAAGAAAAAUAGUGUAGCUUUGGAGCAAUACGUCUUGUUCUUCAUGGUGCUUGUAUUCAACAUGCUCCUUUCCUGGUUCUUCUCUGAGUUGUUAUAAAUAAUUUCAAGCGUCUUAUAGUCCUCUUUUUCUUC